CGUGAGCUCGGAGUUCCUGUUGCGGCAUUUUUCACUUGGCCGCAAGCAUUUACAUCUUGGCGCUAGUGUUGGGAAGUACAGGGCUGUGCUGACCUUUCACUAUUAGUGGCGUUAAUGCGGAAUUAAUACACGCGAAUACCUCAACGGUAUUGAAGACUGAGUGCCGUGGGUAGUCCUUCGAAGCAUGGAGUGUCCGCUUGAUCCAGUUCGGGACCACUUUUCUUUUACAGCAUCCACGCAAAGACAUGGUCAUUACUCGUACCGUCCUCGUCGACGACAGUCUCUUGCAGUAUAAUCCUUCCGUCGGAUCAUCCACAGGCUCUUCACAGUGGGACAUAGGCCAGGGUCAUACCAGUCAGUUUAUCAAUAGCAGUACACAUGACGCUGCGCACGACGGGCUUUCCUUUGCCUACUCGUUCUAUGGGACCUCGCUUGCUUGGACUGGCGUUCUUUGGGGAACGGAAGAUGUAUCCUUCUCCAUCUCUGUCGACGAUGGAAACGUAACAACAUGUAAUGCCAGCGGUGGUGAUGAAGAAUCGAACAUAUACAAACAACUCUGCCAAGUGAAUAAUCUAAGCAACAGCGCUCAUACGGUUAACGUUACAUGCAGAGGCGUCGACUCAGAAUCGCCUGUAUCCAUCGACUAUGUCACGUAUACUGUCGAUACGGUCUCCGGUUCAGUCCUACAACGGUUCAUGGUCGCAAACUCGGGUGAUACCUUCAAGACGAACGGUUCAUCAGGAGAUUCAAUCAUUUUCAGUCCCCACGGAGGCGGUGUACAUAGGAGCAAUUCCGCAGGUAGUAGGUUUACUUUUCAAUUUUCCGGUAGCGCUGUAUCGGUAUAUGGUGUUCAACAACUGGCGAGCGGGAACCUUGCCAUAUCUUUUGAGAUCGAUGGUUCAUCUCAAAAUGGUUUCAAUGUUAGUGGAAGCGGCAACAACGAUAAUGCCUUGGCAAAUCUUCCUUUACUCAGUGCUACUGAUCUCGUCCCGGGAGACCAUGAGGUGAUUGUCACUCUGACUGAGGUCUCCGGAGACCAGAUAUUCGAGUUGGACUACGUUCUUUACGAGCCGAUAUAUGGGGAAAGCGAAGAUAACGGAUCAACUACGUCCUCAGACGACGAGGGCUCUAAGAGCAACACAGGUACCAUCGUCGGCGCUGUUUUUGCAUCUCUUGUCGCGUUUGCUGUACUUUCUAGUCUUGCAUAUUGGUGGUGGAAGCGAAAACACCGUGCAAGCCGUGAUUUUGAGAUUGAUGGUACGAAGGAAGCGUUUCAAUACAAGAUCGUCCCCACAACUGAGUCGUCGAAAGGAAGCAUAGGCGUGACUACCCCACCGCCUGCUUUGAUUGCCCCUUCUACCAGUCCGCAAUUAUCUUCCCGUGACGUUCCAUUCUCUCAGGACCAAAAUGUCCCUCGUCAAGCUCAUCCACUCCCGCUUGAUGCGAACGGCAUUGACGCACACUCAUUGUCUGCAUCCCGCAGUCAGUAUACACAAAUAGCCAACACACCAACACCUCGUGCUUUCAAUAGCUUUGUCCAUAGCCCACCGACACUUUCUAGAGAUAUCCCCUUUGCACAAGAACAAAUCUCACCAACUCGCCAGCUAAAUUCGACGCCAUUGAGUACACAGGCAAAUCCUGUAGAGAACGUCUACGCGACCAUAGUAACGGGUACAAGUGACCGAAGGACUUCAUCGCAUAGCACCAAUGAUGAUCCACCUCCUGUUCCAUCAAAGGCCAUAACAGGGACUGCACGUUUGUCGUUUAUCCCCGAUAGGGAUGUCAUCGCCUCACAGUUAGCAAUCCUCGAAAAGAUCAAGCCACCCUCCCCAGAACCCAACAUUUUACAUGCCCCCAGCGCCUUCCCUUCAGCUAAAUUCAACCCCGUUCCCUCCCAAAGCGCGAAGUUGGACGAGGUCUACGCCAACAGAAGACGUAGUUUAGACGGCCCCAUUUCUGGUACCUCAUCAACGAGUCCUUCCCAGCAAGCAAAAUUACAGGGCACUGACUCGUUGAGCAAUGUGGGAACAAGACCAGGAACAGUAUCUGCCGCGAGUGAGGUCCUCCCUUCCCAGGCUGCGAAGCUUGAAAAAAUCCAGGAUCAAUUGCAACGAAUCACAAGCCCCACCGGCACCUUGUCGCCCACAUCACCAACUUCCUUGUUAUCGCCUUUCAGCUCUGUUGUUGCCUCCCAAGCCGCUAUCCUUGCCAAAAGACAGGAGAUGAUGCAGAAUUCUGCGGGCCCUGGACUGUCUUCUGACUCCGAACCUGGUGCUACAGUACCUGUACACGAUGCACAUGACGAGACUGGCGAGACGCAGGACCUGGAGGAAGAGGAACAGGUUGCCGAACUUCGGCGAAGAAAUGAGAUGCUCGUCAGGGAGAUUGCGAGACUGUCCGACCUCCCACCACCAGCAUAUACCGAUUCUUCUUCAUGACAUUUUUGUUUGGACUUGGACAGUUUCUUUCUAGUAUUUAUACGCAUCGAAACAUCAUGGUCGAGGACUCGAGUAGACACUUUAAAUACAUCUUUGUGCUGCGCACCGUCGCCAGGUACAGACACGACCUAGUACACCCAAGGGUGAGAAUAAUUUGUUCUUCCAAUAUUACCGGCAUCAAUUGUCAGCCAAUUUUUGGCAAUAAGCCCCUGGUCCAUGGGUACCGACAUCAAUUAUUGUUGCGACUGAAUGGUCAACUUGAUGGUCGAGAAGGGCCACAACAACAGGACCAAGGGCGCUGGAUUUGCCACCGGCACUGGAACGAGUAUGAUCGACGUGAGCGUUUGUUUCAUA